AUGUCUGAUCUGAGCCAUAAGAAGAGGAAGAGGGAUGGGGAGAAAUCGGGGUCGUCGAAGAAAAAAGUCGUUCUCGACGCACCUCAUCCAAUUGCUACAGUCUCUUCUGUUCUUCGCCCAAAGACAUGUCCUCCUGUGAUUGCGAAUACCCCAGGCAUGGAAAUGCCCUCGAAUCUCACGUUUCACUCAUAUCUCCCUAAAAAUGCGACCUCUUCAAAGUCAAAAAAGACCGCCAUCGAAAAGGGACUGCUGCUUCACUCCUCAACACACCGAAAUCUGGAUUAUACAGCAAGAGAAGAAGAACGAGGCUCGAAGCCACUUUUGAACCACUAUAUCGGCAUCUACGAUCCUAAAACCGGCAAAUUACAGGUUGUCGAGGCCAAAAAGAUGGUUGUGCGUGGAACCGUCCGAUCGAAGCAGGUAGCAACAGAGCAAGAGGGCAAGAAGAGCAUGCUGGAUCAGAGAACGGACCUUGGUCAGACUUUCGGAACCAAAAAGGCCAAGAAGGCUAUCCAAGACAAGGUAUUGAACGCCAUUGCUCCGCAGAGGAAGCCUGGCGACACCAGCACCCCCGUCAAGCUGGACGAUGCCUCCAAAGCCAUUCUCAACUCCAUUGGCGCGGUUACAUCAACAAUGGCCUCGAGAGAAGAGCUGCAGGCAGCCGUCGACGAAGCCAAGCCGGUGCCCAAGGCAAACGUCGAUGCCAGCGAAGUCUACGACGUAUACCGCCCCGAAGAACUCAUCGGAGCUGACAUCAUUAACCUUGUGCCUAUCCGAGAAUGGCAAGAAAAGGCGAAGCAUGGCGAAAGUAUCCAAUUCCAAUCUCGAUAUGUUGUCUCUCGUGUGCAAGCCAUUGCCUCCAACGACUCUGCAGAGAUGCGAUUGCGCGUGCUGAGAUAUCUCUCCAUUGUCCUCCUGUUUUACCUCUACUCAAAGCCUGGCCGCCAAAAGGGCACUCGACAGCUGCCUCCCCGAGAAAAGCUCCGAGAGCUACUGGCACCCGCACCCGAAGCAGUCGUUGAGAAUAUUCGUCGCAAAUUCUCAGACGGCGGCCAACUGAGAAAGUUCCACAUUGAUCUCCUGAUUGCGCACUGCUGCGCAUUGGCUUGUAUCGUCGACAACUUUGAAGUGGACACCCAGGCUCUGAAGGACGAUCUUAAGCUGGACCAGAGAGUGAUGAACCAGUACUUCCACGAGAUUGGAGCAAGAGUUAAGCCUGUCAAGGAUAAGACUGAGGAGCGAACUCUGCAAGUGGCGAAGCUAACGCUUCCUCUGGAUCUUCCAAAGCAGCGACAAAUCCGAGCGCGCCGAUAA